AUGACUCUGGAGUCCAUGAUGGCGUGCUGCCUCAGCGAUGAGGUGAAGGAGUCCAAGCGGAUCAACGCCGAGAUCGAGAAGCAGCUGCGGCGGGACAAGCGCGACGCCCGGCGCGAGCUGAAGCUGCUGCUGCUCGGCACGGGCGAGAGCGGCAAGAGUACGUUCAUCAAGCAGAUGCGGAUCAUCCACGGGGCGGGCUACUCGGAGGAGGACAAGCGGGGCUUCACCAAGCUCGUCUACCAGAACAUCUUCACCGCCAUGCAGGCCAUGAUCCGCGCCAUGGAGACCCUCAAGAUCCUGUACAAGUACGAGCAGAACAAGGCCAACGCGCUCCUGAUCCGCGAGGUGGAUGUGGAGAAGGUGACAACAUUCGAGCACCGCUACGUGCACGCCAUCAAGACCCUGUGGGAUGACCCCGGCAUCCAGGAGUGCUACGACCGGAGGCGGGAAUAUCAGCUCUCGGACUCCGCCAAGUACUACCUGGCCGACGUGGACCGCAUCGCCACCUCGGGCUACCUGCCCACCCAGCAGGACGUGCUGCGGGUCCGUGUGCCCACCACCGGCAUCAUCGAGUACCCUUUCGACCUGGAGAACAUCAUCUUCAGGAUGGUGGACGUGGGAGGACAGAGGUCAGAGCGGAGGAAGUGGAUCCACUGCUUUGAGAACGUGACGUCCAUCAUGUUCCUUGUUGCCCUGAGUGAAUACGACCAAGUGCUGGUGGAGUCGGACAACGAGAACCGCAUGGAGGAGAGCAAAGCCCUCUUCCGGACCAUCAUCACCUACCCCUGGUUCCAGAACUCCUCUGUCAUCCUCUUCCUCAACAAGAAGGACCUGCUGGAGGACAAGAUCCUGCACUCGCACCUGGUGGAUUACUUCCCCGAGUUCGACGGGCCACAGCGGGACGCACAGGCUGCCCGGGAGUUCAUCCUGAAGAUGUUUGUGGACCUGAACCCCGACAGCGACAAGAUCAUCUACUCACACUUCACGUGUGCCACCGACACGGAGAACAUCCGCUUCGUGUUCGCGGCCGUCAAGGACACCAUCCUCCAGCUCAACCUGAAGGAGUACAACCUGGUCUGACCCGGCCGCCGCCGCCGCGCCCGGGGAACAGGGACAGCCGCCGGGCAGGCCUUCCUCCGGGUGCCGAGCCCGCCGCGGCUCUGCCCGCCCCGCGUACCCGGCUCUGCCCGCAGACGAGUUGAUUUUGUUUUCAUAUUUUUAACAAAUGGUUUUUAUUUCACAGUUAUCAGGGGACGUUCGUCUUUCUUUCUAUACACCUCGGGCACCUUCUCACCCGUGUCAGCGGCGAGGCCGCCUUUUCCUGGCCUUGACUCGUGGCUCGCUUUUUUCUAUUAAAAAAAAAAAAAAAAAAAA